AUGACGAUCGACCGCCGUGACAGCGUUGCUCAGUACAUCAUUAUAGCCGCCACCUCAUUAUAUCGUCCUUAUUAUAACACUGACCUAAGCAAUUAUCGCGUCCAGGGCCACAAAACUUUCCCAUCACGCACAGUGUUUCCUCUCUCAUAUUUUCCUCGCUCGCUCCUUAAGCCUCCGUCGCCCCGAACCAAUAGGAAACGUGAAUUACCGGAUUCCUCGGCCUCUCGAAAUGCCUCGGAAAACUCUACGGGAAUGGUAUGUCAACAGAUGAGCAGUACUGACACAAAAAGCACAAUCCAAAGGUCAAGACUGCCCCAUGUACGUGCUGGGCGAGCUGAAGGGCCUCCGGCGCCACGGCGAGCAGUGGCUCAACGACGGGUCCGAGUGCGAGUUCUGCGAGUGCACGGACGGCCAGAAGAGGUGCUUCUUCCACUACUGCAACUCCGGCCCGAAGGAGAGCUACAUGACCCCCCUUCGGCAGCCACGCCCGGAGAGAAGAGCCCCGCCGACCAGCCGCCCGCACGCCCGCCCCUGGACGACGAGGACGUGGCCGACCCCGAGGAGGCGCAGGAGGAGGGCUCGGGCACGCAGCCCUGGGGGGAGGGCUACUACAACGUGCGCGACCCUGUGGAGGACGACCUCGAGCGGAGGAAGACCGAGUCGCCUGGUCGUGGCGGCGACGCGAACGACCCCAGAGACGACAAGAACCCCCGCGACAACGAGACGCACGGCCCCCGCCCCUGGUGUGGCCCCCUCCCCUGCAGGAAAACGUGUCCCCAUGGCUAUAAGGUGGACCCGACCACAGGCUGCCGGAAAUGCAAGUGCUUCAAGUGCCAGCCCUUGCGGAGGUGUUCCCUCAAGUGCCGCUUCGGAUACGUCGCGGAUGAGAGGGGCUGCAAGAAAUGCCAGUGCGGCGACCAGGGAGCCAAGGUUUCCGUCAUCACUUCGCUGGACGACAAUGAAUUCAUCGUCGACGAGGGCUACGGUGUGUCUUCUGAAGUCUUCAGCAACGGGACGUACGCUGAAGUGGCUGAAAGUGGCGGCGUCUACGUGACAGCCGGUGAAGAGGAGACGCAGGAACCCGACCCUUCAUGUAACACAACACGCGUCGAGGGCUGCAUAGACGGGCGCGGGGUGUACGCCGUGGGCACCUGGUGGGAGCGCGGCGCCUGUGUCUCUUGCACCUGCGUUGCCCCGGGAUACACGGAGUGCAACGUGACCCAGUGCGCGCCCCCGCCCUGCCCCGCCCACCGACAGAAGCGCCUCAGGAACGAGUGCUGCCCCAUCUGCAGUCCAGCGUGCAACCGGGGCCAGGGGCGUGGCCACGAGAGCCGCAGCACCUCCCGCGUGCCUCUGGACCGCAUGCCUCCGCCCACCCUCCCGCAGGACAACCAGGACCCCGUGCGCGCCCCCGAGAUGCCCGACGAAGACGCUGGGUCCCACAGGAGCGCCUUCGGGAGCGGCAGCACGACCAAGAGCGCGGUGCAAGGGAUGUGUGAGAUUAAGGGAGUUUCUGAGUGCUAUGCUGUUGCAGGAUCAGCCGUUUCUCUGUUUUGGGUAAAGUGUGCAGGGAAUGUGUGA